UACAAAACCAAAGCAGUCUGCUAUUUGUUGUGGUUUCAUCGUGUGCGCGGUACGGAUUGUUUUGUGUUUUUUUACGAAGCAUCGCUACGAAGCAUUAUGUAAUCAGUGCUUUUUGUUAUUUAAAUUACAGAAGGUUAAAACUUAUUUACAUUGCUGAAGAUUUAAUUAGCAAUGAAGCCAUCGGAUUUUACCAUUAUACGGAAUGGCUUAGAAAUGAUUGGAAAGGCAUUUGUUAAACGAAAUCAAGCAGAAAUAAAAUAUGCUUGGAGAAAUUCAUCUCUUAGCAAUCUUUCUAACUCAGUGAUUAAUUUUACAGAAGAGAAACUAAGCUCAGCUGCUGCUCUAUCUUCAAAUCCGAAAGCUGUAGUGAAUACUGUUAAAGAAACACUUGAGCGAGGUUCUAUGAUCACUGAAGGUAUAAAGCAAUAUGCUACAUAUUCCUUGAAACAAAAUAAGAAAACUCAUGAAAGCAAUACUCACAAUGAAUUUGAGAUUGAUCAUCCCAUCCUAAAGGAAAAUGUAUCAGAGAUUGAGAAUCAAAACAUCAAUAAUUUUGAAUCUGUUUCUCCCUAUGUCCAAGCAAGUAAUUUAGGAAAAGAAAAUGUACAAAAUUUCAACAAAACACCUGCUCCUACUAUUGUACCACAAGCUGAAAAUUUAAAAAUGUCAUCCACUCAUUUGCAUGAAACUACUAAUCCUAUGUCAACUUCUGUUUCAAAAUCAUUUUCUGAUUCAUCUUCUGCCAAAGUUUCUGAAGAAUUUGUGCUACAAAAUUUAGUCCAACGAAAACCAAAACUGCCCAAGUCCCGUAAACCUCCAGAGUUAAAUGAACGGGCUCGAGAAAAAGAAGUUCCUGCUUCCCAAGUUAGACGUGCUAUGGUCUUUGGAGGUUUAUUUGGUAGAAUGGCCUUAGGUGCUGCAGUAGAAAAAACGAAAAAGACAUUUGGAUUAACAAAAGAACAAGAUGCUGGUCCAAGUUCUCUUCUUUCGAAAAAUUCUUUUCUUACUGAAGCUAAUGCUAAUUUAAUUGUUGAUGCUUUAUGUAAAGCUAGAGGAGCAGCAUUAAAACUUGGUCAGAUGCUCAGCAUUCAAGAUAACUCUAUGAUAAACCCUCAAUUAGCAGCUGUAUUUGAAAGAGUUCGACAAUCAGCCGAUUAUAUGCCUUCAUGGCAAAUGGAAAGAGUAUUAUAUAGAGAGUUUGGUGCAGAUUGGAGAGAUAAGUUUGCAGAAUUUCAAUCAAAACCUUUUGCUGCUGCAUCUAUUGGACAAGUUCAUGGUGCAAAACUUUUAGAUGGUUCUGAUGUUGCUUUAAAAAUACAAUAUCCAGGUGUUGCAGAAGGUAUUGAAAGUGACAUUAGGAGCUUAAUGGGCAUUGUUAAAUUAACAAAUAUGCUUCCCAAAGGUGUGUACUUAGAUAAUGUAAUGGCUGUUGCCAAAAGGGAACUUAGAAAAGAAGUAGAUUAUUUAAAUGAAGCCAAAGCUGGAACGAAAUUCAAGGAACUUCUGAAGGAUUACCCUGAAUAUUAUGUUCCUCAUGUUUAUGAUAAUUUCUGCACAAGUAACGUUCUCACAACAGAGUUAGUGUAUGGUAAUCCUAUUGAUCAAAUACAAAAUAAUGACCAAGAUUUGAGAAAUAAAGUUUGUGAAAGGCUUUUGAGGCUAUGUCUUAAGGAAAUAUUCAUCUUUGAAUUCAUGCAGACAGAUCCUAACUGGUCCAAUUUUUUGUAUAAUGAUGACACAGAUCAGAUAAUUCUAUUAGAUUUUGGAGCUAGCAAUAGUUAUUCAUCUCAAUUUGUGGACACUUACAUGAAAGUCAUCAAAGCUGCUGCUGAUCAAGACAGGGGUAGAGUAUUGCAAUUUUCUCAAGAAUUAGGAUUUCUAACUGGAUAUGAAACAAAGGUAAUGGAAGAGGCUCACGUUGAUGCUGUCAUGAUACUGGGAGAAGCGUUUGCUUGUCACAAAGAAUUUGAUUUUAAACAACAAAAUAUGACCGAAAGAAUACAUCAUUUAGUACCAAUCAUGUUGGAACAUAGACUCACUCCCCCACCUGACGAGUCUUAUUCUCUCCAUCGAAAAAUGUCGGGAAUCUUUCUACUAUGCACCAAACUUGGUGCAAAAAUAAAUUGUGGACUGUUAUUUGAUGAUGUGUACAAAGAGUAUCUCUCUAAAAAAUAAGCCAGCCAAAUUCACUUAUUGUAAAUAGUUUGUAGAAAGCAGUUUAGUUUCAUGUGAAUAAAAUGUUUAGUUUUAAAAAUUA